UCGCGCAAGAGAGCUGCGGUUAAUUCCCGUUAGUUCAAUCCGCCUGAUAGCUUGCUUAUAUUCAAUUAUAUUCACUGACACUAUCUCUAACAGUAGUAUAAUAAACAAUAGUUUGUCAUAUUGCUCUGUAACUACAGGUCCUCGCCGAGGUUGGUUUUUGUUUGAAAACGGUGGGGUUUUCAGUCAGUAUGUCGAGCUGUGUGGCUCUCCACACACAGCUAGCCUCCAUUAUGGAGGUUUUAGCCAAUGCAGCCGUGGCAGAGAUUUGCAAACUUAUAGACGACGGUUAUGCGGUUUUGCGUUCAGAGGUGUCCCGAAGCCAAAAGGAAGUCGAAGCCCUGAAGAGGAAAUUAUCCAUGCAAACGAUGGAGCUUAGAAUUGCGAAGGAGGCCCGUUUUCCCUCGACAGAGAUAGCCUUGAACAGCCAAUUGGACAUCAGCCCGUGGAGAGAUGGAAUGCCUAAUGCUGUAGACAACGAUAUUCACGUGCAGUCUACCAGCAGCAAUGGGUCUAAAGAUACAGUAGAGGUAAGACCUCAGUCUGUACAUAUCAAGAAGGAGACCAUUGAUGACGAUUUGGAGAACAAUCGACAGGGAGCACUGAGGAUCAGACAGGAGAGAGCUAUGGAGGGUGAUAGUAGCAAAAUAACUCCAACUGCAGACACAGAGACGGAACCUGCAAUGGGCACAGAAGAGCGAUCCGAGCAGCACAGCACCAGAAACAGUGUUUGGGAAGACAAUGGUCUGGACACUGUUCUCAAGGCAGAACAAGAGCAAGAGACUGUAAACCUAAAGGAUACAGGCUCUGAACACACAAAAAAGAGACUGAACAGCCUGGGCUAUGAUUACGUUCAUUAUGAGAGAUCUAGUCAACUGCAGACUCUCUUCUCUCAACAGAACACUUCAACCGAAAAUCCAGCUUGCUUUUAUGCCACUGCUGACUCGGAAAGCCUGCCAACUUGCACAGAACUAUCGCUUAGCCCUAAUGCUGAGAAAGGUGAAGGCCAGACCUCUAAAGAAUUUCUUGAUGUGAAACUUGGAGCUGUAGUAAUAGACUCAGCACCCAAUGAGUUGGAGGGUGACACCGUGCAGGAAACAGUUCAUGCAAAGCACAGACAUUACAAAGAGUACGGGGAAAGAGAAUUGGUGCCGGAAAAUGUUACAAACACAUAUUCGCCACAAUCACGACUGAUGGUCAAAGAGAACAUUGCAGUUUCGAAAUCCAGUGCCCCCGAUGUGAUUGGAUACAGCCUUUUCGAUGAAAGUUUCAUCACACAAAAAAGGGAUAAGGCCCAUCUCAGGUCUGGCACAAGAGAGAAAAGAUUCAUCUGUACAUUCUGUGGGAAGAGUUUCACUUGCCCUAAAAACCUUGAAACCCAUCAGAGAGUUCACACAGGAGAGAAACCGUUUAGUUGCACCCAAUGUGGAAAGCGGUUUGCCGAUUCAAGCAAUCGCAAGAGACAUCAGAUUAUUCACACUGGAGAAAGGCCAUACAGUUGCACACUGUGUGGGAAGAGGUUUACUCAGUCCAGCUGUCUAAUAGCACAUCAGAGAGUCCACACUGGGGAGAAACCGUUCAGUUGCACCCAGUGUGGAAAGAGGUUUGCCGAUUCCAGUAAUCUUAAAAGACAUCAGAGUGUUCACAUUGGAAAGAAACCAUUAAGCUGCACAUUGUGGGAAGAAUUUAAUUGCUUCCAAGCAUCAUAGAAGGUGAAUUCACUGUUGAGGAAAACUAUUUACCUGUACAGUGUGUUGAAAGUUUCAUUUAUCAUGGCUCACCAUACAUCUCACCAUACAGUACAUCAAUGUUUUUAUACUGAAGGGUAUUUAUUUUCUCCACAUGCAAAUUUAUGUUGAAUGCCAAUUUAGAAAAUUUUAUACUUAAUCUAACAGAGUAAUGAAUUUGAAAGAAAAGUUUGACAUGUCACCAGUGAUGAUAAAAUGUGUGGUGUAGACAUUAUGUUCAAGGACAUAUCGUAUUAAAGACACAACUGCUCAGAAAUAAAAAUGGAACUCGGAA